GGGAUGAUGCUCGUGGUGUUUGGACAGACAAGUCAAGUCGGUCCCGUUCUGCUGAGUGACAGGAAUUUUGGUCAGCUCGGGCGGAGGUCCGGUGCGCACGGUCCUCUCUUCUCCUCUGCCAGGACAUCCGUGUGCGUAGCCAGCUGCAGGGCGAUCAUGCGUCUGCAUCACCCCGGAUGAUACAUGGGCGAGGGCGCGGAGUAUAUAAAUCAGACCGCAGCUGCUGGGACGGUUGGUUGUCCUGUCGGAGAGCUGCGGUGUUGUG